AGCUCUGAGCUGAGAGGCAGACAGCACGUUGGGAAAACAUUUUCAGAGAGGCCAAGGGGCUCUUCAUCUGCAUCCAGCAACACUCCUCUGCCACCUAAACACAGCAGUCAUGACCGAGAGACGUAUUCCUUUCACUCUGCUCCGCACCCCGAGCUGGGACCCAUUCCGUGACUGGCAUCAGCACAGCCGCAUCUUCGACCAGGCUUUCGGCAUGCCCGCCCUGCCUGAGGACUUCACCACAUUCCCCAGCACCCACUGGCCGGGGUACAUGCGACCCUCCUUCAUGACACCAGACACGGCCCUCGUGAUGCCCCAUUCCAGUAUGAUGUAUCCGGGUGCCACGAUGGCCCAGCAGGCUCGUGCCCUGUCCCGGCAGAUGAGCAGCGGCAUGUCAGAGAUCAAGCAGACCCAAGAUAACUGGGCGGUAUCCCUUGAUGUCAAGCACUUCUCACCCGAGGAGCUUGUGGUGAAGACCAAAGACGGUGUGGUGGAAAUCACUGGUAAGCAUGAGGAGAGGAAGGACGAGCACGGCUUUGUGUCCAGGACAUUCACCAGGAAAUACACCCUCCCCCCAUCAGCCAACGUUGAGAAGGUGGCGUCCUCCCUGUCUCCGGACGGCGUGCUGACCGUGGAGGCUCCUUUGAUCCCACCGGCCAUCGAGUCCUCAGAGACCACAAUACCUGUCAAAGUGGACGACAAAAGCGGCGUGGUGAAGAAGUAGGAAGAAGAGCAGCGUAGUGUCUCACACACAGGCACGAAUCAGCACUUUAUUUCUACAACAUGUUUCCAUAAAGGUGAGGAAGCGGCUUAGGCAAAGCAGGCUUGUUCACAGGCAGGAGAGAGGGAAGCAAGGGCAAUCCCUUGCUUCCCUCUCUCCCCUCUGUCUCUGGUAAUGAGCCAACCCCAGCUGAGUGCACUGUGUAAACACAUCUGCACCAGUGCCAUAUGCCUGCUCAGUCUGCUGUAAUUACACUCUUCGUCUGAAUAUGGGAAAUCUCGGCUUAGCCUCACUCACAGCUUUCUGUCUGCCUCUCUUACACACACAUGCACCUUUCUCAUUUCUGUUGAUUAAGUGCCCUUCACUAUGUCGCUGCAGUCACACGAAAGACAACAGUAAAGCAAACUGUAAUGGCAGUGAUCUUGUAAAUGAAAGAACGCAGGAGAGUGUGUGCGCUGCUUCUCUGAGUGCUGAACAAAAUGUGGUCUCUCCGGCCUGGUUUUAUCUGCAGUUUUUUGAACAAGCUAUUCAGUCAUGCAAACACAGAAUAAAGAACAAACAACA